UGAGGCUGUGCUGAGGUUCCUACUUUCCGUUACUUUUACUUUCGCUCUCUAUCUCUUGUUGCUUUCCUGGUGAACGUCUACUUGCGCGAUUCGAAUCGACUCUUUCCUUAACGUUUCUCUGUUUGUUGUGCGUAUCUGCGACUUUGCGAUUUGAACUUCGCGACACCAGAACUCGACUCCGCGUAUGCUGGCCUGACGCACCCAAACUCCUUCGACACAACCACAACCGCCCGGACAGAGAAGAGCAAGACGUCACCAUGGCAUUCAACUGCUCCACCGUCCCCGAGACGACAAACACCGACGCGGGAGUAGCAGGCGCAGGCACCCUCCUCUCCUUUAUAAUAACCAACAUCCUCUCCAUCCUUCUCUCCGCCACCAUAAUCCUGCUCGGCCUGCGAAAAUCCACCUCAGCUCCCAUUUCGCGAAAGCUCCUCCAAUCCUUCUCCGACCAACAAAUACUAACGGGAAUCGGAAUCCAGUCUGUCGGGCUAGCAAAGAUGAAAACAAUGGUGCCUUAUCACUUCUUCAUCAUCUGGCUCCUGUCUUUACUAUCCACCGCCACAAAUCUCGCUACCUUGCUCGCGCUCGUGAACGAUUUCAAGAGGGACUGGGUGCUGCGGUGGAUUAGACAGAUACUCAUGUUAGUGAACAUGUUUCUGGGUAUCCUGAGUGGGGUGUUCAUACUGCAGACGGUCAUGAAAGAUAUGGAGCCAAGACUCCCCAUUGCAUGUGUAUGGGAGGUGGAGAGCAAGGGCACGAGUGGAAAUGCAGCGCUUUCCAUUGCAGGCACCAUCGCAGUUAUCGCAGGACAGGUCAUCACCUUCGGCUUCGCAACGUGGUACCUACACAACCGGUCUAACCCCAAAUGGCUCAAAACCGUACAGGUCGUUGGUCUCUUCGCUUGUCUCGCCAUGGGCGUCGGCGCCACCGUGCGCGUCGUUCUUGAAUCCCAGGCUUUUGGACAUCCACCUGAGUCUGUCCAUCUCGUUGGGCCCAGUGAAGGAAACUGGAGUUUCGGUCAACUGCUACCGUUGCUGUUGUUGGCACUGCCCAUCAUUAGCACGAUUGAGAUUGCUAGGGGCGAGGAGCUCAAGCCUAGGAGUAGGGUCGAUGAUGAUAGUGUGCCCCUUUUUGACGGUGGGAAUGAUAUGGAGUUUCAGCCUAAUCCGCUGGCGGGGAGUGCGACGAGCUUGUUUAGGAAGUAGAGGGAAGGGAGUAGAGCACAGCUUUACAGGCGUUCUGGGUCGCGUGAGUUUUGUAUGGAUACCC